GAGUCGCGUCGGUUCGUGCGCUGACAGCCCGGCUCAGCCAGUCGGCUGGAAUUGAGUAGCAUUCAUUGAAUCUGCGGCUUUCAUGACGUCUCCCUGCGUGGUCCAUCACUUUUCUCCUAACCGGGAAUUUUUUUUUUUUUUUCCUGCCAGUCUUACCUCUUCUCCCUUCCUUCCACCCUGUCUCCCUCCCCCGUUCCUGCCCAGACGCACACCCCUCCGCCCCUCCUGUGCCCCCGGCGCCCAGCCCUCCUCUCCGCUCCCGGCCACCGGGAGCCAGUCCAGAGACGGCCGCACCUGGCUGGAGAGGCUGGGCGGGCGGAGGGGUGGGGACCCGCGGGGACCGGGAAGCUGGACCAGAGCUGGAUUAGCCGCGAGGAGGAUGGAGUCUCCUAACGGCCUCUCAGGGCUGGUGUGAAAUUUGACCAUCGGGUUCCAGUUUUUCUUUUCUUUUCGUAUUUCCUCCCCUCGCCAUCCGUCGUGUAGUGAAUGACUAAACCCUUGCUCCGUUCCAAGAAAGGCGAUCAUGAUGGAGUGAAGCCACCCCGUCCGCCACAAGAAAAAGCACAAAGAAGAAACUACAAUAAUGGCCAAGUUGACAGAAUCCAUGACUAAUGUCCUGGAGGGCGACUCUAUGGAUCAGGAUGUUGAGAGUCCCGUGGCCAUUCAUCAGCCAAAGUUGCCUAAGCAGGCCAGGGACGACCUGCCCAGACACAUCAGCCGCGACCGGACCAAGCGAAAAAUCCAGAGGUACGUGAGGAAAGACGGCAAGUGCAACGUCCAUCACGGCAACGUGAGGGAGACCUACCGCUACCUGACCGACAUCUUCACCACCUUGGUCGACCUGAAGUGGAGAUUCAACCUGUUGAUUUUCGUCAUGGUUUACACAGUGACAUGGCUAUUUUUUGGGAUGAUCUGGUGGUUGAUUGCAUACAUUCGAGGAGAUAUGGACCAUAUAGAGGACCCCUCCUGGACUCCUUGUGUUACCAACCUCAAUGGGUUUGUCUCUGCUUUUUUAUUCUCAAUAGAGACAGAAACCACCAUUGGUUAUGGCUACCGGGUCAUCACAGACAAGUGCCCGGAGGGAAUUAUUCUCCUCUUAAUCCAGUCUGUGUUGGGGUCCAUUGUCAAUGCAUUCAUGGUGGGAUGCAUGUUUGUAAAAAUAUCUCAACCCAAGAAGAGGGCAGAGACCCUGGUCUUUUCCACCCAUGCGGUGAUCUCCAUGCGGGACGGGAAACUGUGCCUGAUGUUCCGGGUAGGGGACCUUAGGAAUUCCCACAUCGUGGAGGCUUCUAUCAGAGCCAAGUUGAUCAAAUCCAAACAGACCUCAGAGGGGGAGUUCAUCCCCUUGAACCAAACGGAUAUCAACGUAGGGUACUACACGGGGGAUGACCGUCUGUUUCUGGUGUCACCACUGAUCAUUAGUCACGAAAUUAACCAACAGAGUCCUUUCUGGGAGAUCUCCAAAGCCCAACUGCCCAAAGAGGAACUGGAAAUUGUGGUCAUCCUGGAAGGAAUGGUGGAAGCCACAGGGAUGACAUGCCAAGCUCGAAGCUCCUAUAUCACCAGUGAGAUCCUGUGGGGUUACCGGUUCACACCUGUCCUGACACUGGAGGAUGGAUUCUAUGAAGUCGACUACAACAGCUUCCAUGAGACCUAUGAGACCAGCACCCCAUCCCUUAGUGCCAAAGAGCUGGCCGAGUUAGCCAGCAGGGCAGAGCUGCCCCUGAGUUGGUCUGUAUCCAGCAAACUCAACCAACAUGCAGAACUGGAGACUGAAGAGGAAGAAAAGAACAUCGAAGAGCAAACAGAAAGGAAUGGUGAUGUGGCAAACCUGGAGAAUGAAUCCAAAGUUUAGUGCCCUCAUAGAGCAACCCCUUCUCUUCUCCCUCCUGACACAACCUUUCCUUGUCUUUCAUUCUCUUUCUUUUCUGUCUUUCUUACUUUGAUCUUUAUUUAUUUACAUUUAAUUUUGACAUUACCAGAAAACAAAUCUUCAAGGUGUAAAAUAUCUACCUGCCCUCUCUUAGUUAUUUAGAUUGACAAGGUAGACAUGGAUUUGGUGAAGAUGCAAUGUACCCUCAUUUGCAGCCCAAGCCUGGUCUCCUCCCAAAAUACCACACAUACAGCUCCUGGAGAUUUCAGCUACUUACCUGCAUGUGUUGUAUGACACCAGAUCACUCAAAAGAGUGUGUCGAAAUUUUUACCUGGGAUAUGACGAGUAAAGUCUCCAGUGCCUAUUUAUUCAUUCAGUGAGACAUAGAGUAUAGCCCUCAAUUUUAUAGGUCCCAAUUCAUUUCACCUAUUGCAGGGCAAGGUGCUUGCCCCCAUGAGGGCAUUGCAGUUACAGGACCCAGGCGAGCUAAAGACAAACCACUGUACAUAUAUAUGCCUUAUGUAAUUAUUUUCUUUUCACAGUUAGUAAUACAACCCAGCAUGUACAAAAGUACAGUAGAACAGAACUUCUAAAUAAUGUAUAUAGAUGUAUCAUUAAUGUAGGUUUAGAUAUAAAACUUUAGAAAUAAGAAGCAAAAAAAAAAGAUUCUUAACAUACAGUAGGCAUUUCUGUUUUGAUGUCUGUGUUUUCCAGAUUACUUUGAUCUUGUCAACGGCUGGCCCUUCAGUGCAUGGCCUUUGUUUGUGUCUCAGACUGGCAGCCGUUGGGGUACCUCACUGUUCCCUCAUGGAUCCUUUCAUUGAAUCUAAUAAGCCAUAGGUCUGGGGGAAAUUGGGAGGCCCAGUAGAUGGCAAAACCCACCACCACCAAUAUGUUGAUAUACUGUGAAAUGUUUACAAAAUGGACAUCUUUUUCCUUUUUAAGUUAACAAGAGCCUCACUGACAAGCCUCGGGGAGAAUGCCAGGGAGGAGACAUUCUCUGGCAUGUCACCAAGGGUGUGUUUUUGCUUUUUUCAUGAGCUCUUGCCCUUUUUGGUACAAUAGUUUAGGAAAAUUUUCUUCUGCAAAACCAUUGAUUUUUUUUUUUUAGCUGUUCUGCUCUGUAAUCAUGAGAAACUACAGACUGUCAAAAUGAGACAUAAUAAGUUAGCAGAAGAUGGUUUGAGUCUAAAGCCAUGAAAUUCACAAAGGCAUAUAGUGGGUGACAUUCUGAGAAUUAUAUCUUAACUGUCCCGGGGGACUUAUCCAUCAGCAUUUGUUGCACUGGGGUUUUUAUUUUUAAUUUUAAAAUGACCAGAGUUGAAUAUUGAAAGAUUAGAUCACCAAUCUUGUUGACUUUCUAAGAAAUGUCUCUAGAGUGUGCCAUAAGUUAGAAAUCAAAUCCAAACUGUCUCUUAAUUCAUUUUAAUUUACAGGAAGGAAGGAAGGAAAGAAGGAAGAGGUUUUUGUACUGAAGAUCUAAAUUUCGAAAUGAAAAAAAUUAUAAAUUAUUUGAGACAAAACUUCAGGGGCAGGUGGAGAUUUUGCACUGUAACAGAUCUUUCACAUUAAUUUCACAUUUAUAAACUGUUUGUUCUUUAACACAGUUGCCCAUCAUAAAUAUUCAUUGACUGAAUCCAAGUUUAUUUUCAGCUUCCUACAGCUGUGCUCAGUUUGAGGCUUUGCACCAUGGAGGUCAAAGAGAUCAAACUAGCUGUCCUUCUUUGUUUUCCUCGCCUUCCCUGACCAGAUUGCACAGGCCUUUGCUGUAGUUUGGAGACCUUGUAUACUAAAAAUGGUGUCCCAGGAUAAGGAAAGCGGCUUCUAAAUUUAACAUCAGGGUCUCUCUUCUCCCACUUGAGAGAACUUGCAUCAGGACAACUGCCUCUUGGCACUGACUUUAAAACAAACAAACAAUCAAAAAACAGAACUGUUGGCCAUAGCCCUUUCCUGUUUGGCAGCAUUUCAUUUUUUGCAUUGAAUAUCUGUUGAAUCAUUUAUUUGUUCCCAUACACUCUAAGGAGGAGGUGGUGGUCCAGGAGGAGGAACUCAAUACACUUCCCUCGAGGCUGUGGGGAGGUGCCCUGCCUGACCUAGCUACAGCCUUACAAAGGGCAUUCUUGGCUUGGGUCGCUAACCCUGCUGCAUCACCAGAGUUGCAGGGGAGUGCAUAGGUGACACAAAGCAAGAUGGAGUAGGGGCUGCAAAAUGUCUGCCUAUUUAGCUCUUGAAGACUCACUGAACCUUUUUAAAUCCAUCGCUAAGUUUAAAGGACAACACACACCCUGUUGUCUAGUUGAAGGAACAGCUCGGGACCUGAUCACCUCUUGCCUGCUCUUUAGCACAACUGAAUGAAGAGCCUUGACAACACUGCAGCCACGAGCAUAUGUCAGUGCUGUGUCUGUGACAGGGCACUGGAUGUGAGGAUGUGAGGUCUCUCCCUGUUUCUCACUGUCAUUGGUGUCAAUGUAGCUGGAGGCAGAACUUGAACCAAAUCUUGUUUUUGUAAUGUGAGCCUCUGAAUCUUUAAAUGAGGAUGCUCCUGAAGAAUCUUUUAUUAGAAUGUCCCUAUCAAACAUGUCUAUUUUUCUACAGUUAUUGAUAAUAGUUUAACAGUGUAUUUUGUGUCAACUGUUAAAAUUUGGAACUGAAAGUUCAUUGAGACUGAAAUUUCUAAGAAGCAAGUAGUGAAUGGUUUUUUUCUUUAAGACAGUUCAGCAAAAUUGACCACACAGUUUCUACUCAUUCUAUUCCACAAUAUCCAGUCCUCAUUCACUCAAUCUCUCCAUUAGCAAAUCAAGAGCUAUGACCAUAAAUAAGUCAAUUUUAAUGCAACAAUAUCCAUAACUAAUGAAGAUCACUCCCAACUUGGUAUUUUGGUCUGUUUGCUUGAUGUGUUUGAGCCACUUUUCCAUAAAGCAUGGUGGAGUCCAUGAGCCAGAUAAGAACUUAGAACUAAAGGGUUACAGUUUGCCACAGUUGACCCCAAACUGACAGAAAAAGUGUUCCUAGAAGGAGUCAGUUUCAGCUGGAAGCAUGACCUUCCCCAAGACUGCUGAAUUCCUUGGAUUCUCACUUGCAUCCACCCCAAUGUGCUCCCCAACUGAAAGAGCACCUCUUCAUUUAUAAAUCAACUUUAUGUAACUAAUAAAUUGUUUAUGUUUGGCCGUCCCCUGGGUAAACUAAACUCUUUUGCAUUAACACACUUGCAAUCACCAUCAACUCGGUGCUUUUCCAUUCCUUCCAAACAUGGCAUUCCAGUCUAAUUGUUCCAACAUAUAGCCCCUCUAUGUCCAUGAGACAGAACUCUCCCUUCCCUCAUUCCCUUCCUCCAUCUGUUCCUUGCUUUUACUUUCUCCCUAGUUCUCCAGUUCCAAUCUAUUGUUUUAGUUCAAUAUUUUAUGUUCCGGAGCAGAGAUCCAGCUACUGUCUCUAAAAUGCCGACCUAUUUCUUAAGUACAAUUUUCUGUUGCAGGUUUAAUCAAGCCAAGGUUCUGAAAUGUCUAUGUUUCAUUACGCUCAAAUUU